GUAAGUCUCCUGAUAAUGGCAAGCCAAAGAAGAAAACUCAACUGCAUAUUGUCUGUAAGUUUUCUGUCGUCCAUCUUGUUCUUGUCCAUACUCUUGUUGUGUUUCUGUCGUGUGGAUUGCGAUGCUAGAGAUACUUUGAAGCAUGGCGAGCGGAUUACUGACGAUGGAGGAGGAACAACCCUUGUCUCCAGUGGAGGAAGGUUUAAACUGGGAUUCUUCAAGGCAACGGGAAGCGCAAGCCCCAAAAGGUAUGUCGGGAUAUGGUAUAACGAAUGGGAUCAACAAACAGUUGUAUGGGUUGCCAACAGAGACAACCCUGUUACUGACCGUUCCACUGGAGUUUCUUUUGGAAUUGCAGAAGAUGGCAACCUUAAGAUUUGGGAUACUACCGGAUACGUUUAUUGGAGUACAGUAUGUGUUGAGAAUUCUUCGUCUACAAAUCGUACUGUGAAGCUCAUGGAUUCUGGAAACCUUGUCUUAAGGGAUGAACAGUUGGCGAAGAGUCUUUGGGAGAGCUUCCAAAAUCCAACGGAUACAUUUCUUCCAGGUAUGAAGAUGGAUAAACACCUCGAGUUGAUUUCAUGGACAGGUGAUGGUGACCCGGGAAAAGGGAAUUUCACGUUUAAGCAAGAUCAAGAAGGAGAGGGCCACUACGUUAUCACAAAAAAGCCAUUGGAUUAUUGGAGAAGUUGGAUGUCAGGCAACUUCUUGAGCUCAGAUGAAAUGCCCUAUGACUACUUGUUGUCAAAUUUCAGCAAUACCAAGUUCCCACUUUUGCCAAAUUCCCCAAAACAACCUCGGCUGGAUAAUUACGGAAGGAUGAAUUAUACGAAUGAUAGUUACGCAAGGUUAGUGAUGAAUUAUACGGGGGAAUUACAGUAUCUGAAGUGGGAUGUGGACGAGAGAAAUUGGUCUUUGAUAUGGAGAAAGCCGGAAGACCAAUGUGGCGUUUACCAUGCUUGUGGGGAAUUCGGCAUCUGCAAUAUUAACAAUAGGUUGAUCUGCAAAUGUUUGCCUGGGUUCCAGCCUGCUAACCCCAAGAAUUGGGAUUCUGGAGAUUUUUCAGACGGGUGCAGGAGAAAUUCGACAUCAUCUGACAACAGCGACAUGUUCUUGAACUUAAAGAUGAUGAAAGUGGGCAAGCCAGACUCUGAUUUCCCCGAAAUAAAUGAAACAAAAUGCAGAAAGCAGUGCCUUGCCGUGAGCUUGUGCCAGGCUUAUUCAUAUGAGGUAGCUCAAAACAGCACGAAACGAACUACUGGGAUCGACAACUGCAAAAUUUGGACUUCGGAACUAAGUAAUCUUCAAGAGGAGUACACAAACCGUGCUUGUAACGUCUCUGUCCGCGUGCCAAAAUCUAUUAUAGAAUCAACAGUUAGGAAUUGUGAGCCUUGUGGCUCAAACUUGAUCCCCUAUCCGCUAAGCACUGGAAUAAAUUGCGGUGACCCCAUCUACUUUAGUUUCUACUGCAACACUUCCUCGGGCCAGGUUAGCUUCAAGGCACCCAGUGGCACCUAUCGAGUCACCAAAAUCGAUCCAAGUGCACAGACAUUUGUCAUCCAAGUCAAAUAUGCAGGAUAUGAUAUAAAUUCAAGAGGAACUCAACUGCUCAAUGUGUCAUUGCCGUUCAAGAGGAAUUAUAGCUCUGAAGUUAAAGAUGAAAUAGACAUUAGUUGGGACCCCCCGCAGCAGCCAAGCUGUAAUUCGUCCAAAGAUUGCAAGGAUUGGCCAAAUUCAAAUUGUAAUAUGGCAAUAGAUGGAAAGAAGAGGUGCUUUUGCAAGCAAAACUUCUUAUGGAAUGGCACAAUUUUAAAUUGUACUACUAAAGAAGGUAAUACUCCUCAGUCGUUUAAAAAGCCUUCAAAAAGAAAGAAGUGGUUGCUUCUGUGUGGAAUGGUACCUUUGAUUAUAAGCGUGUUUGCUCUCACAUGUUCCAUUACUUUUGUAUAUGUAUGGAGAAGAAAGAAGGCCAAGGAAGAAGAAAGUAGAAAAAGUAGUAGAAGAAAUCGAGUAUUACGUGCAUUAGACACUGAAAAACAUGUCAAAGACUUGAUGGACUCGGGUGAGUUCAGAGAAGAAGAUGAGAAUGGCAUAGAUGUACCAUUUUUUGAUUUGGAAUGUAUUCUAGCUGCUACAGAUAACUUCUCAAAUGCAAAGAAGCUUGGAAAGGGGGGCUAUGGGUCUGUUCACAAGGCCACAUUUCCAGGAGGUCAAGAGAUUGCUGUAAAGAGGCUCUCAAGUGUCUCAAAGCAAGGGUUACAAGAAUUUAAAAACGAGGUGGUGUUGAUUGCAAAACUUCAACACAGGAAUCUUGUUAGGCUUCGAGGAUAUUGCAUAAAUGGAGAUGAAAAGAUUUUACUCUACGAGUACAUGCCAAACAAAAGCUUAGACUCAUUUAUAUUUGAUCAAAAGCUAAGCAUGUCUUUGGACUGGGAGAUGCGCUUCAAAAUCAUUUUGGGAAUUGCUCGUGGGCUUGUUUAUCUUCAUCAUGACUCCAGACUGAGGAUCAUUCAUAGAGAUUUGAAAACUAGCAACAUUCUUCUAGAUAACGAGAUGAACCCCAAAAUAUCUGAUUUUGGAUUGGCAAAGAUGGUUGAAGGUAAACAAACCGGGGCAAACACAACUAGAGUAGUUGGAACUCAUGGCUAUAUAUCUCCGGAGUACGCACAACAUGGAAUUUUUUCAAUCAAAUCCGAUGUUUUUAGCUUUGGUGUAGUUCUACUUGAGAUUAUAAGUGGAAAAAAGAAUACAGGAUUUUAUGAGUCAGAACUAGCCCCAAGCCUUUUAGGUUAUGCAUGGAGAUUGUGGGUAGAAAACAAGGUGUUGGAUUUAAUGGACCAUACUCUACGUGAAGUUUGCAAUGCAGACCAGUUCGUGAAGUGCGUAAAUAUUGGACUUUUAUGCGUACAAAAUGACGCAAAUGACCGCCCUACCAUGUUAAAUGUUGUUGCAAUGCUUGAUAGUGAAGUUGGAACAAUUUCAACUCCAAAACGGCCAGCUUUUGUUCCUGGGACCGACCAUUCCGACUCAGCUAAUUCUAUUAGACUGGAAACAAAUACAGAAUUAACUAUUAGUCUUGAAGGAAGAUGAUUGAUAAUGCAUGGUACAAAUGCAAGAUCUUGCCAGCUGUCCUUUACUACAUUUGCAAAGGUUUUAGUGGACAAAAUAUUGGUUUCUAUAUAAAAGAAGGUUGUAUUAGUUCUUCAUCUAAAUGAAACUUUUCUCCCAAUACCCAUUCCUUUAAUUGAAACCUAUUUAUGGUAACUGUAUUUGGUAA